AUGACGGGCGAAACGCUUCCUGGCCGACCUGGCACAUUGACCGCACACGAGGAGGAGAAAUUGCGAGAAUUCUGGGUUGCCACUUUACAUGUCUUUGGCGUACUUGAUCCUCACGCAGAGACAAAUGGAACCGGUGGCGAGUCGGAAGUUAGCAAUGGUGUCGCAAAUUCGGAUACCUCGGCUUCUGAGAAGCCCAAGAAAAAGAGAUUCUCUGCACUGCGUAGGAAACAUAAGGAUGAUGAUACAACAUCUCCGAAAUCUUCUAGCGCUGCCUCGCGCAUCUCGAAUGCUUCGGAUAUGGACGACAAGUAUGGACAAACCAAGGAAUUCCACGAUGCUUUGGCAAGUCUGCCACCGGCGUCUAUUCGAACGGCUUUCUGGAGUAUGGUGAAAUAUGAUCAUCCGGAUGCGCUUCUAUUACGGUUCUUGCGAGCAAGGAAAUGGGAUGUGGAUAAGGCAUUGGUCAUGAUGAUAUCUACCAUGAGAUGGAGGGCUUCGGAUAUGCAUGUUGACGACGAUAUUAUGAAGAAUGGAGAAUUAGGAGCUGUUGAAGAUGAGAAGGGAACUGAUGUUGAAAAGAAGAAGCUUGGAGAAGGAUUCCUCAUGCAGUUGCGUUCGGGGAAAAGUUUCCUACAUGGACAAGACAAAGCCGGGAGACCAAUGUGUUUCGUAAGAGCUCGCCUACACAAGCAAGGCGAACAGUCGGAAGAGAGUCUGGAAAGAUAUACAGUUUUCACUAUAGAAUCGGCCAGGAUGUUAUUAGAUCCACCGGUAGACACUGCUUGUGUGGUAUUUGAUUUGACUGGAUUUUCUCUGGCGAAUAUGGAUUAUGCACCUGUCAAAUUCAUGAUCAAAUGCUUCGAAGCGAAUUACCCGGAAAGUCUAGGUGUAGUAUUAGUUCACAGAGCACCAUGGGUUUUCCAAGGUAUCUGGAAAAUAAUCCGUGGCUGGCUCGACCCCGUCGUAGCAAGCAAAGUUCACUUCACCAAUAACGUCGACGAAAUGGAAGAAUUCGUCCCCCGCUCCCAAAUUCUCAAAGAACUCGGGGGCGACGAAGACUGGUCCUACCAAUUUGUAGAGCCCGUCCCCGGCGAAAACGACGCUAUGAAAGAUACAGUAACCCGAGAUAAACUUCUCGCAGAACGUGAAACAAUGGUGAAUGCAUAUGAGAAAGCUACGCUGGACUGGAUCAAUUCCGGGGGUAGCAUACCGGAAACCAAAGAAAAGAGACAGGAAUUGGCAAAGGAAUUACGAGAUGAUUAUUGGAAAUUAGAUCCGUAUGUUAGGGCCAAAUCUUUGUAUGAUCGGGUGAGUGUGAUUAAUCCAGGCGGCAAAUUGGAUUUUUAUCCAAAGGUCAAGGUGGCGGCACCUCCUCCGGUUACGGCUACGUCGGUCGUUCACACUUCGGCGGAUGAUAUCGAUUAG